UGCGCUCGCGCGCUGCACAUUCUCGGGCAAAGUGUUGCGCCAGGUCUCGCGCAUAUGGCGCUCCCACUACUUCAAACUGAUGCGUCCUGUGAAAUCAUGUCGGCGGCCUCCGUGCCAGCCACCGACACCCGGUGGUCGGCUUUACGGGCAUAUAUGGGUAUAAUCAUCGAUCAGAGUACACCUUGAGACUGUGCACGGGCAUCUCACCCGCUGCUGAUUCAGAGCGGGUGCACUGUUCUACGAUAAGCCUAUAUCCGCGGUCCUCUUACUGACGGGGUCAUAUGGCACUCCUGGUGGGAAGUAUAUCAUGUCGCGCCGCGGCGCCGAAACUCUACUCUGUUACGAGACUCCUUACCCGCCCACACCCUCUUCGUCGUAACCUUCGGGAUCGCUCACUAGACAUGGCUACCGCGGUCACAUCCAUAAGUUGGGAAGAACAGGUUGCUGACAAGAGGAGGCGUCUGCUAGCGUCAAUUCCCCCGGCGUGGAUCAUCUCUCCUGUACCGGACGACCAGCUAAACGUGCUCGAUGUGCCCAAGACCUGUGGUCUAUUGACGGACAGAGAACUCGAGAUUACCGGCACCACCGAUGUCUCAUUGAUCUUGCGGAAGCUCGCGACUGCGGAGUGGUCCGCGGUGGAGGUCACGACCGCGUUCAGCAAGAGGGCAGUCGUAGCACAUCAAGUGGUGAACUGUUUGACAGAAGUGUUCAUCGAUCGCGCACUCAACCGUGCUGCAGAGCUCGACGCCCACCUGAAAGAGCAUGGCACAGUUGUGGGACCUCUGCACGGACUGCCCAUCUCCUUGAAAGAUCAGUUCCCCGUCAAAGGCAUCGAGACUACUAUGGGGUAUGCUGCCUGGAUAGGUAACGUCGCGGAGGACGACGCCGUUCUGGUGAAGCUCCUGGAGCGUGCAGGGGCAGUGCUAUAUGUCCGCACGAACCUUCCCCAAACGAUAAUGUGGGCAGAGACCUACAAUAAUGUCUUCGGACGUACCCUCAAUCCUUACAACCGCAAACUCACGCCCGGCGGAUCAUCGGGUGGAGAGAGUUCGCUGAUUAGCAUGCACGGGAGCCCUUUGGGGGUGGGCACAGACAUUGGCGGGUCUAUCCGAGUACCUUCCCACUUCUGCGGACUCUACGGAUUCAAGCCGUCGAGCCACCGCAUGCCAUCAUACGGCAUGCUGAACUCGCUCGACGGACAGGAAUCUGUCCCUAGUGCCAUCGGCCCACUCACGGUUUCCCUCUCUGGCGUGACCGCCUUCUUCCGCGGCGUCUUGGACCAGGAACCUUGGCGGUACUCUCCGGGCACUGUGCCCAAGCCGUGGUCUCAAGAUGACUACUUGCUCAAGAACCACGACCACGGCAAGAAGCUCUGCUUUGGUAUCAUGUGGGAUGAAGGUUCCGUCAAGCCACACCCGCCGAUCUUGAGAGCGUUGUCGCGUACGAAGCAGGCAUUAGAGGCGGCAGGUCACAGAGUCAUUGAGUGGAAGUCUCUCAGACACCCGGAGUACAUCGCCGUCGCGCGCGCUGCCUGGCUCGCUGACGGGAGCGAGGAUUAUAACGCGUGUCUUACCACCGGAGAGCCUCUCAUCCACUCGAUGGACCCUAACGCGGAUCCCAACGACAUCCCCGACUUCCGCAUCCCCCGCAAGCCGCUGACCGCCUACCAGAUAUGGCAGCUGCACAAGGAGAGGCGCGAGCUGCACAAGGCGCACCUCGAUCGCUGGGAGGCGACAAUUUCGGAAACCGGGACUGGUCGUCCGAUUGACGCUAUCAUCUGCCCUCCCGCCCCGUACACUGCGGUCCCCCAUGGUCAAACCAGGUCUUCGAUUUACACUGUCAUUUGGAAUGCGCUCGACUGCCCGAGCCUGAUCAUCCCGGUCACCAAGGUCGAUCCCCAAGUCGACGUCGCACCAACCCGCGAGGAGUUCUGGAGCAGCGAAGACAAGCUGAUACAUGGACUGUACGACCCGGAGUUGUACAACGGUCUCCCUGUUGGAGUCCAGAUCGUUGGUUCCACCCUCCAGGAGGAGGUAGUUCUGGGUAUCGGGGAAGUGAUCGAGGCAGCAUUGAAGAAUCAUUAAAUGUGCGGGCGUAUAUCAUGUAUUUCAAAGUUACCAAGCAAGCCGUUUCCAGCAAUGUAUCCAAGAUGAAUUUG